CGAGAAUUGUAUGAACAUUAUGGCUACAGAUGAUGGUUUGACGAUCGUACUACUCGGAGUAGCAGUCGGUGCUCUAAUUGGAGGGAUGCUGGCAGACAUUCUUGGCCGAAGACCUAUCAUGUUCAUCUCUAUGGCCCUGGCACUGAUCUUCCAAAUAUUAAUGGUCACAGUAAAAACAUGUCUCACCUUCGCCACGCUUCGAACACUGUGCGGAGUUUUCUCAGGUGGUUUUCUUGUAAUCAGCAUUGUGUUACCUCUGGAGGUUGUAGGUCGACGAUGGAGAGAUUUUUGUGUGUGUUUGUGGAUUUGGGCUCUCGGAUUACCAAUCAUUUCAUUCGAGGCUGCCAUUGUGAACGGAUGGCGGAACAUUGCCCUCACCAAUGGCUUGGUGGGACUGCCGUUUCUAGGACUCUACUUUUUGGUUCCAGAAAGUUCUCGUUGGUUGACCAGUCUACAACAUUUUCAAAAAGCUGAAAACAGCAUCAAAGAAAUGAUAUCCUGUAACACAAGAGCUGUACCGAAUGUUCUCGAAUUGUGCGAUGACACCCGUAUUUACGUGAUGAGUAUCUCCCACCCUCGUCGUCAUACUUAUCUGGAUCUCUUCCACACAGUCACUGUGACCAAAUCUACAUCUGCCGUUUUAUACACGUGGUUUGUUGGUUGUUUUGUUUAUUGUAAUUUACUGCACAAAGUGGAGAGUCUGACCGGAGACCACCAUUUUGAUAUCUUCCUGCCGUUUGUCUUGGACAUGCCGAUCUGUAUGUCAGCCGUUAUCAUUAACAAAUGUAUAGGUAGACGAUGGUGUAUGUUCCUCUACGCUGUAUCAUCAGGUUUCAGCAUGUUCUGUGUGCUAAUCUUACAUAUGAUGGGCGAUCUCCAUAAAUAUCCUUACAUGAUGACUGCCCUGGCUGCCUUCAGCAAGAUGGGUGUGGCCACAGCACUGUCGCUAUUAACACUAAUCACUGUCGAAGCUUACCCAACGGUUAUUAGAUGCAUGGCAGUAGCGUUUGGCUUGAGUGCCGGAAUCUUAGGAUCCUUGUUGUCUUUCCAUUUACGGAAUUUCAUAUCAUUCGACUCCUAUUACUACAUUGUCCCCUAUAUACUACAAGGACUGCUGAUUAGCACCAUAGGUGUUGUCGGUCUUGUUUUUCCCGAGACGGCGACAACACCUAUGCCAGAUGUGCUACAAUGCCGACAUAGAAAAAACCAGCUUCAGGCGGAUGUGACGUCACAGUAUGUAUACCUUCGCGACCAGUCAUGACGUCACAUGAUAUUUUCUGCGCCAAAACUAAAAAUGUUGUGAGAGUGCUAAAAGACAUGAGAAAAGUGUGAACAUACAGACAACAGAAACAUGCCUCCUUCGUGUCACUAUAUAUAUAUGUGUAGCCCCUUAAGGGGUUUGUACGUCUCUAAAUGUGUGUCAUGAGUGUAAGUAUGUAAAUGAUAGUAAUAACAGCAGUACACAUUGGGUUUAUACAAAUACACACGUGUAU